AUGCAAUACAACCCUGUAGUUGUUGAACCACUUAUAUUAUGCUGUCAAUGUGGCAUAGAGGUUUCACCAAAUCCUUCAAAUAUGUGUAUCAACUGCAUUCGAAAUGAGGUUGAUAUCACUGAAGGAAUUCCAAAACAGGCGAUUAUACAUUUUUGUCGUAAUUGUGAAAGAUAUCUACAACCACCAACUAUUUGGGUUAGUGCAGAACUUGAAAGUAAGGAAUUAUUGGCCUUGUGUGUAAAGAAAUUAAAAGGCUUAAAUAAAGUACGAUUGAUUGAUGCCGGAUUUAUAUGGACAGAACCUCAUUCAAAAAGAAUUAAACUUAAACUCACUAUACAAAAAGAAGUUUUUGCAUCAACACUUAUACAACAAAUUUUUGAAGUAGAAUUUGUUGUCAAUCAUCAACAAUGUAAUGAUUGUACUAAAAUAAUGGCAAAGAAUACAUGGAAGGCAUUAGUUCAAGUUAGACAAAAAGUCAAUCAUAAAAGAACUUUUCUAUUUUUAGAGCAACUUAUACUUAAACAUCAUGCUCAUAAGGAUACAAUCAAUAUAAAAGAAGUUAAAGAUGGUCUUGAUUUCUAUUAUUCUAAUCGAUCUCAUGCCAACAAAAUGGUAGAAUUUUUAAAUUCUGUUGUUCCUGUCAGUCAAUUGGUUAUUUGUUAUCGUGUUGGAAAUUCUAUACAUGUUAUGGAUCCAAAUACACUGGCAGUAUCUGAACUUGCAACUGCAACAUAUUGGAGGACACCAUUUAAUGCUUUGGCAUCAGCACAAAGUUUAACAGAAUAUUAUGUGUUGGAUGUUGAACCUUUACCUCAAGUUCGUGGAAAGUACAUGUUGGCAGAAGUUCAAGUAGCAAAAUCAACAGAUUUUGGUAGAAAUGAUCAAACAUAUUUUGUCAGGACACAUUUGGGCAAUAUUUUGAAAUCAGGAGAUUUGGCAUUAGGAUAUGAUCUAACUUCAUCAAAUUUUAAUGAUAAUAAUUAUGAUUUAUUGAAACAAAGUGAAAUACCUUAUGUCAUUCUAAUCAAAAAAUCAUAUUCAAAUAAACGUAGAAAAAAUAAACAAAGAAAUUGGAAAUUGUCAUCUUUAAAUAAAGAGAAAGAAAUUGAUAGUAAGAAGCAAGAUUUAUUGAAAAGUGAAAUGGAAUAUGAAUUGUUUUUAAGAGAAUUGGAAGAAGAUACUAAUGAUCAAAUGGAAGUUGAUGAGGACAAUCUUGAGGAUGAUUUACCUGAAAUUGGUAUAGAAGAAUUAUUAGAAGAUCUCACUCUUGAAGAUUAA